CGCACAACACCCGUUAUGGCUGCCGCGUUUGACGAUGAAGACCUCUCGGUCUCCUUACCCGCCCUAGAACGGGAUCCCCGAGAUCCAAAUCGAGAUCGAGAUCGAGACCGCAUCCCCGAGCCCGAUCGCAAGGGCGACCGCGCCCGUCCCAUCGCCACGGGGCUGGCGGACCCGGCGGCCGCCCCCUCCCCGGCGACCACUCGGGACAUGCAGCGCCUGGAUCAGUAUCAGACCAUCCGGAUUUUGGGGGAAGGGUCCUUUGGCAAGGUGAAGCUGGCUAUUCACCAGCCCAGUGGCCGUCAGGUCGCCCUCAAGAUCAUCUCCCGGCGCAAGCUCCUCUCCCGCGACAUGGUGGGCCGCGUCGAACGCGAGAUCCAGUACCUGCAGCUGCUGCGCCAUCCCCACAUCAUCAAGCUCUACACCGUCAUCGCCACCAAAGCCGACAUCGUCAUGGUCCUCGAGUACGCCGAGCGCGAGCUGUUCGACUAUCUCGUCAAGCGUGGCCGCUGCAACGACUCCGAGGCCCGCAAGUUCUUCCAGCAGAUCAUCUGCGCCGUCGAGUACUGCCAUCGUCACAAGAUCGUCCACCGCGACCUCAAGCCCGAGAACCUCCUCAUCGACAGCAACAAGAACGUCAAGAUCGCCGACUUCGGCCUCAGCAACAUCAUGACCGACGGCAACUUCCUCAAGACCAGCUGCGGCAGUCCCAACUACGCCGCCCCCGAGGUCAUCUCCGGCAAGCUCUACGCCGGGCCCGAGGUCGACGUCUGGAGCUGCGGUGUUAUCCUCUACGUGCUGCUGGUCGGCCGCCUACCCUUUGAUGACGACUACAUCCCCGCCCUCUUCAAGAAGAUCGCCGCCGGCAACUUCCACAUGCCCCCCUACAUCUCUUCCGGCGCCGCCGCCCUCAUCCGCCAGAUGCUGCAGGUCCACCCCGUCCAUCGCCUGACCAUUCCCGAAAUUCGCCAGAAUGAGUGGUUCCUGCAGGACCUGCCCCCCUACCUGCAGCCGCCCCCGGAGGAGUUCAGCGGCUCUGGCCCCGACCCAACCCGCGGCGUCGACCCCCGCCGCAUCACCGCUGGGAGGCCGCCCGCCGUCCAGCACAAGAUCUACGAGGUCGCCAUCACCAAACUCGAGCGGAGCAUGGGCUACGCCCGCGACGACAUCGAGGAUGCCCUGAAGAACGCCGAACCGAGCGCCAUCAAGGAUGCGUUUGCCAUCAUCCGCGGCCGGGCGUCCCCCGCGGCCUGCCGCCGGUCGGCCGGCCCGGCCCCGCCGACUGCCACCACCCUGCCCACGCGACCCCGCAGUCACUCCCAGCGCCCGUCUGGGCCGGGGUCCCCGCACGCGGCGCCCGCCACGCCCGCCGAGGACCUGUCCACGCCGCGCGUCAGCCACGUGCGCAUGCUGCCCACCACGCGCCGCCCCGACGACCCCACCGAGCAGGCCCACCAGCAGCAGGAGGCGACUGCCCGGGCCCUCAAGCCCCACGCCCGCAGCAUCGUCGACCUGGAGAAGCUGCGCCUAGAGCCGCCCGAGUCGCGCAGUGCCCCGCACCAGCCCCGCCGCAGCCGCAAGUGGCAGUUCGGCAUCCGCUCGCGCAACCAGCCCUACGAGGCCAUGCUCUACCUCUACAAGGCCAUCGCGGCCCAGGGCGGCGUCUGGGAGAUCCAACCUGCCGACGCCGGUCUGGCCACCAGCCCCCCACCUCCACCCCCCGGCCGGGACCCGCGCGAGUCGCCUUUGCAGACUAAGUACCCCGACCUGCCGCCGGACUACUACGUACCGCGGGACCCGUGGUUUAUCCGGGCCCGCCUGCUGAAGCAGGGGGUGCUGGCGCCCGGCCUGUCCGGCAGCGUGCACAGCAGCCGCAGCGACAUGGGCGAGUCCCGCCGGCGGUUCCAGCCUCCCGGCGCGGCGGGCGGGACUCCAUCGGAGGAGAAGGGCGGCAGCGGCAGCGGACCGGCGGAUGGGACCCCAGUGUCAGGCCCAUCGUCAGCCACGCAGCUGGGGAGCACCAUCCGGCGCAUCACCUACGGGGUGUGGGUCUUCGUCGACAUCCAGCUCUACCAGCUCGAGGAGCACAACUACAUGGUGGACUUCAAGUGCGACGGCUACCAGAACGUGAUCCGCGCCGAGCACGACGGCGCCGACUGGCAUCCGAUCACCAAGCGCUUCCGCAACAAGGAGAAAGAGGUGACUAGCCCUUAUCCGUUCCUGGACGUAGCGUCGGAUCUGGUGGCGCAGCUGGCGGUGGCUAGCUAGGUGGCCACCUAGCCGGUGGACGAAGAGGAAGUACUGCAUGGGACGGCGUUGGGAUGAACUGGACUGCGGUUCUGCGUUGCCUUUGUUUGAAGGAAUAGAUUAAUGCCAUAUUUUGUUGAAUAUCAUACUUGAC